AUGGCCUCCCAGCCAACCAACCCUCCCCCUGCCAAAGAGCAGGGACAAGGCCAAGGCCAAGGCCCAGCACCUGCUGGUCUCUUUGGUGCUGGCCUCGCUCCGCCUCCUCCUCCUCCGGCCCAGCCUCAGGGACAAGGCCCUGCUCCUACCCCCGGCCCUGCCCCUGCCCCUGCCCCUGCCCCUGCCCCUGGACUCUUCGGUGCUGGUUUUGCUGUUGACAGCGAAACUGUCACGACUGGUCCAGUCGAAGGCUUCCGCAUUCAGAAGCGCAAGGCUGAGGACGGAACCAACGCUGCACGUACGAGACAGCGCAAGCAGGAUGCGGCAUUGACUAGGGCCUUGAUCGAGUAUCAGACCUUCACCACUGAUGCGACUUCGAAGCCACGAGGCAAGGAUUUCCCUCGCGGUACCGUGAUGAAGACGUACAAUGCUCACAAGGCGCACCCGUUCGUGGUUAUGCCUCAGACGCCAGUAGGCGGUGCCGCGGCGGUGACCAGCGUCUUCACGGAUUGGAAGACCUGGUUCAACUUCGACAGCCAGAACCCGUCUCUUGUCCUGUCCAAUGGUGACCAUCAGAUCCACAUCCGUGGAGCUGUCAACUUCAUGGACAACAAGAAGGAGGACGGAGACUUCAUCUUCUAUAAGGAUGACAUCGCACACAAGGAUCUUUCUCGCAUGAACAUCAAGGCCAAGCUCAAGAACGUAGGAAAUCUCGAUGUGUCGGAUGAUGAUGCUCAGAAGCUCCUCGACUUCGCGCAGCCAGGUCCGGGGGCCGGCAAGAACGCGCCAAAGGUUGAAACUGGGCUGCACCUGACGUGCUUCCGCAUGAAGAAGAACAAGAAGGUCCAGGUCUCAUACACCGGCCCACGACCACAGCCAGCUCUGAUCAUGGCUACCGAAGUUCACAAGCUGGUGGAGUUGCUCGACAAGACGACUCCGGUCUUCAUCCUGCUGCGCCAGUCUCGGUUUGUCCUGAGCGACGUUGACGCAAACUGGUACAACCGAAUCCGCUGUGUCGUACGCAAAGGCCUCCUUCCUUUCUACAAGGACAUCGUCCGCCAGGUUAUCAACUUCCAAUUCGAGGAUUGGAUCAAGAACCCGGAGAAGCCUCUCGCCCACCAACCUUGGAUGCAGCUGAAGACGCAAAAGCAAGAUGGCACCUUCGCAGAGUAUGCCUCUCAUCCCGGCAAGCGCCUCUUCAGCGACAUGAAGGAGUGGGAGACGAUCCUCAGCGUUGCUCUUAUUCACGAAAUCGAGUACGAGAAUAUGUGCAACAAGGCGACCUUCAGCCACACGAUGGAGCACGAGGCCCAGGUGAUCCACAAGUCUGGAAAAUACAUUCAGAUGGCCGUCUCCGUCAAGCGUCACCCAACGGUACCGACUCCGACCUUCCCCCCAGGUUCGCGAUUCACCCUCUCCAAAGGCUCUACUUGGAUCGACAAGCCUGCAGCUGGUGAUGAUGAGGAGAUGGAGGAUGCUCCAGCACCACCGCCGCCACCAGCAGCAGCGGCUGAGGAGGAUGAUGAGAUGGUUGAUGCCCCUGCUCAGUCCAGUGACGGCCGAGUGUUCACGCCAGGGCCGCAACCAAAACCUCUGGGAGACAUCUUGAUGAAGGAGAAGAAGGAGUUCCGGAAGCCCGAGCCAGUCAAGCCCACCGAGCCAUCCCCGGGAGAGCCUGCUGGAGAGGACGAGGAGAUGGCAGACGUUGGUGAGACACUGCCAGUCAACCGCCGACGCUGGAAAGCCAAGUCAAUCAGCAAGGAGACCAACCGAAGCUUCGUUCUUUCCUUCGUGGUAGACAAGCAUGAGGUGGCCGAGUUCAAGAACGGCCAGAUCUACAACGUCACCCUGGAGGCGCAGCGAAAUGUCCUCCCCAGCAGACGCCAGCUCAACGCCAUCGCCCUCAUUUCCCAGGGCAGAAUUGACGGGGCGAAGAGUGCCGACAACGCGUACAACAACUACCUGAGAUCCUUCAUUCUUGGGAAGAAGUUGCCGCAGUCUCCUAGCAGAGCUCCAGUUGAGGAUCUGAGGCCCGAGGACCGCGAGCUCUUCGACGCCUACGUCGCCACCCUCCGCUUCAAUCGGCCUCAGCAGGAUUUCUACGACAGCGUGAUGAAGUCCCGCGACAAUGCCAACAUCCUUCAAGGCCCGCCUGGCUGUGGGAAGACGUUUGAGGAUGCCAGUGUCGGUGCGUCCUUCUCCAUCAUCGGCAAGCGAACCGGCUUCUUCUGCCCAACAAACCAGGCAUGCGAGGCCACCAUGGAUGCUCUCGUCGCGGAACGCACCAAGAUCGUCAGCCUGGAUGCCACGAAGGAGAACAAGAUCAAGUACAUCUUCUUCCCGACGACCUCGCUCUUCAAGGCGCAACUGAACAGCGCUGAUGAAGACAUUGAGGACGGCUACAGACCGUACAUGCUCUGGACUCACAUCGUCAACCAUCAAAAGAUCAGAGGCGCCGAGAGCUGGCAGAGUGAGAAUGAGCGCAAGUCAUCGAAGCUCUGGCUCGAGACCCUCGAGAAGAUCCGCAAUGGCGAGGAAGUGACCAAGAAGGCGCGCCGAUGCUUCCUUCAGGACGCUUGGAAGUUAGCCAAGAGCGUCAUCUGUGAUCCCUCGAUGAAGGUCAUCGUGUCAACAUGCAGCAACGCAGCCGUGUUGAAGGAGAUGGGAUUCCAGCCAGACCUGGUCAUCAUCGACGAAUCGGCCUUCGGCACCGAAGCAGACAGCACCGUUCCCCUGUCACUGUUUGCUGAUCACAUCAUCUUGUCUGGGGAUCACAAGCAGCUGCUUCCGAUCGUCAAGUGCCUCCACCAUGCUGAAUACGCCAACCAGCAAGGGCUCCCGAUCUUCGAGCGCGUUCUGAGAAAUGGGAACGUUCCGCUCUUCUGCUUGAAGAUCAACUACCGCAUGCACGAGGAGAUCGCCACUCUUCCGGGCGCUCUCAGCUAUGGAUGGUUGGGCUGCGACCCAUCGACCGCGGUGGAGGAGGAUGUCUUCCGGUACUUCUCGCACUUUUGGUACUCGGAGGACGCAGAGAAGUGGCGCAACGCUCGCCAGAAGUCCCCCUUCCGCAGCAUCAAGGAGACCAAGGGCAUCGCAAAGAAGACCAUCCGCCGCUUGUUCUUCAACACCAAGGGCUCGAGAUCCGCGCACCCCGAUGAGUCGACAUCCUUCGUCAACUACGGCAACGCGAUGGCCAUUGUCGAGUAUGUGUGCGUGCUGCUUGGACACUGGUCCAAGGUUGAUCCAUCCAAGGUCAACUUCAAGCAGCUUCAGCCCAGCAGCAUCACAGUCGUCACCGGCUACUCCGAGCAGAAGGAGGUCAUCGAGAGGCUGCUGAAGAUGGCGUUGACACUCCUAGGCUGGAACGAGUUCCCCUCAGUGGUGACCAUCGACAGCAUCCAAGGAGGCCAGAACGAUGUCAUCGUCCUCGACAUCACGGCAGCCAACGAGCACCACGGAUCCUUCAUCGGCUUCAUCGGCAAGUGGAACCGCACCAACGUCGCUAUCACUCGUGCGAAGAAGAUCCUCAGCAUCUUCGGCAACCUCGACAGCUGGCGCUCCGAACUCUACAACAUCGUGGAGAUCAACAAGCAUAGGAAGUUCGGCUACCUCUGCAUGGACGUCCUCGACGGCGAUGUCAUCGACGUGACUCCGAUGUCUGUUGAGAGGAUUCCGGCGACCGCAGAAGAGUUCGUGAUGGAUCCUAGCAACUGGUCGAUCGAGAUGCCUCACAUGGAUCCCAAGGAGUGCAAGCUCAAGGCAAAGGUCGACAAGAUCGCUAAGAUCUACAAGACAUCUCCGAAGGAGCGCGAGAAGUACGAGAAGAACCUUUGGGCAAACCUCCAGGCCAUCCUCAAGCAGCGCGACGCUCUCGAAAAGGACUUCAAGGCCAACAAAGAAGUCGCGACCGAUCUCUUCCAGGACCCUGUUGGCGAAACCAUGGACAUUGUGCUCGAGAAGGUAGGAGGCGACGAGGGGAAGCCCAAGCCCGGUCUCGACCUGCCUUCUACGCGCAGCGAGGCCAUCGAAGGACCCAUCGGCCCGGAGCAGGAGAACGAGGACGGCGAGGACGACAUCGAUCUGGAUGCUGCCAUGGCUGGUGAGGAGGGCGCCGACCGAUUCUACGAUGUUGAGGACGAACGCAACAUCCAGGCCCAGGAAGAUAUCGCGGACCAAAUCGCCAAGGACGCUGCGCUGGCCCACCAGGCAUACUUGCUGAAGGCCUCAGAAACCGACGCCAUGUCCGACGACGACGAGCCCCCGAAGGAUCCCGAGAAGGAGGCCCUGAGAAAAUCGGAUGACCGUCCGGAUAACCAGCGAUUGGGUGCAGCCCGCCCUCAAGAGACAGAGCCUUCACCGUUUGUUGCCAAGGGAAAAUACCGACAUCCUCACCAAGGCGAAGGCGAUCUCCCGGAUCGGUCUCUCGAGCAAUCCGACAACCCUCGACAAGGCACCUCGACAAACGAUGAGAGGAAGGGAAAGCGUCAUGGAGGGAACAACCGUGGGGGCAACCGUGGUCGUGGUGGAGCUGGCGCUGGACGUGGACGUGGCCGUGGUGAACCUCGUGGUGGUGGUCGUGGUGGUCGCGGUGGUUGA